AUGAAGUUGGUUAGACCAUCUCCAAGGGGAGUCAUCAAAAUGGGAAUUGAUGACUCCCCAUCUCCAAAGGAGUCACCAAAAUGCAUUUUGGUGACUCUCUCACACUCUCUUUCAUCAAAAAUGUGUUCAAGUGUUCAUCCUCUUUUGAGGAUGAACAUAUCUUGUUCAUCCUCAAAUGAGGAUGAACACUGUUCAUCCUUUCAAAUAGGAUUGGAAAAAAUAAAAAUAAAAUUGAAUGAGACGGUUGCGGCGGGUUCCGACGGUGGAUUCAUUAAGUCUUUUGACUUUAUCUCUCAUAUUAUUUUAUUAGCAUAUCCAAACCUAAAUAUAAAAACCAAAACCAAAUUCCCUUUAUACCUCCUUAGUCGCCACCUCUCUCUUUUACUCAUCUUUUUCUCAUUUCCUCUUCAUUAUACAACAUAUCAAAAGCAAAUUAGAGAUCACGCAGAAGCAAAGAAUCAACCAUUUUUACAUGUGAUCAAGAUGGAUUGUGGGUUUGGUUUCUAUCAAUCUCUUGCAUGUGAUCCGAUUUUGGGUAGUAAAAAAGAUACAUACUACGUUAAUUCUGCUCCAAGAAAACGAUCAAGAGACUCUAUUAAUGAUCUUCACACAAAAACAUCUGCACCCUUAUUUUCAUUUCUUGAUGAAGACAUCAUUUUCCAGAUCCAACAGCAGCAGUUCGAAGUCGACCGUUUUAUUACGGACCAUAACCAAAAAGUGAAGUUGGAACUAGACGAAAGAAAAAGGAAGCAGUCAAGAAUGUUGAUAUCAUCAAUACAGCAACGAAUAAGCAAGAAACUGAAUGAAAAAGAUGAGCAGAUGCAAAGAAUGGCGAAAUUGAAUUGGGUUCUUCAAGAAAGAGUCAAAAACAUUUACGUAGAGAAUCAAAUUUGGAGAGAUUUAGCACAGAGUAAUGAGGCCACUGCAAACUCUUUGAGGACCAAUCUCGAACAAAUCCUGGCGCACGUUAGCGAGGAGCGCCAUGUCAGCGGACACGUUGGCGCCACGGUGGAAGAUGAUGUGGAAUCAUGCUGCGGGAGCGGCGAUGACGGAAGGCGCACGUUAGCAAGUAGGGAGGAGGUGAAGGAUAAGAAGAUGUGUAGAAAGUGUGGGGAGAGGGAGGCAAGUGUGGUGUUGGUACCAUGCAGGCAUUUGUGCCUUUGUACAUAUUGUGGGUCCACUUUAGUUGGCAGUUGCCCUGUUUGUGAUUCUGCCAUGACUGGCACUGUACAUCUUAACCUCUCUUGAAUAUUUUUUACACAUAUACUUCCUUGCAAAAUGCAUAACACAAAACCAAAA